AUGGAAACGGACACUCAAACAAACCCACCAAAUCCAGUCAACCCAACACCAUCGAAUGUUACCACAGAAAUUUGUCUUCUUCUUCCAAACUGCAAUUUUCCCGCACGUGGAAUUUACGCACUCAAAGACACGUUUGAAGAACUCUUUCGAAUGGGGAAACAAUUCGUUAAAAGUCCUCUCCAACAAACAAUGAAAUUUCUUGUUCACCCAUUUUUUUGGUCCCUCGUUUUUAUGAUCAUCUGUGGGUAUUGGAAUGGGAUCUUCCAGGUAUUGACACAAAAACGGUUUGAACGAUGGGUCAAGACACACCCACAAGCAACAGAUGAAAUAGUUAUUGCCGACGUCGCGUUUGAUGUCCUUCCAGUGUUAUCAAUUAGCGAACUUCCUGAGACUCUUUCAAUGAUCUUUAUCAUCACGACGUUGAUCAGAUUUUUCUUGACGCCGUAUCGAUUUGUGAUCCUCAGAAGAUACUUUUUCUUACAGGGAGUUAUUUAUUUCAUACGAGGGUUGUGCGUCUUCACGACAAUUUUGCCUGAUCCAUCGGGGAGGAAGUCGACCGUCAAUACGAACAACAUUUUAUUAGAAGGGUUUUUAGUGCUUCUUGGUGUUCAUCGAAUUGAGUGUGAUAUGAUGUUCAGUGGGAAUGCGGCGAGUAUGGUGAUAUGUGCGUGUUUGUGGCAUCAUUAUUCGCAUCGAGCACCUAUAUUUGACUUUGACAUCUUGGGAAGUACACCGAGUUCGACGCCGUACGGGUACCCCCUUCGAAUGACAAUCGUGAAAUUUGCGAUGUGGGGGUUUACGUUGAUUUGCUUUGUGUUGUAUAUCAUGAAUCGAAUGCACUACAUAGCAGACAUAUACAUUGGCUUUGUUUUCUCACUAUUCUUAUUCAAGUUGUACCACAACUACAUUCUGUUCUGUGCUAUACGAAACAACUUUGUCAAUUCGUUUGUCAAGUGGUUUGAGUCUGACGCAAUGGACAUUCCUGCAGUAGUUCGUGUCCCGAUGGAAGGCAUAAGUUCUUCCGACGCGAUGUCGAAUUAA